AGUAGUAGUAGUAGUAGUAGUAGUAGUAGUAGUAGUAGUAGUAGUAGUAGAAGUAGUAGUAGUAGUAGCAGCAGCAGCAGCAGCAGCAGCAGCAGCAGCAGCAGUAGCAGUAGUAGUAGUAGCAGCAGCAGCAGCAGCAGCAGCAGCAGCAGCAGCAGCAGUAGUAGUAGUAGUAGUAGUAGUAGUAGUAGUAGUAGUAGCAGCAGUAGCAGUAGUAGUAGUAGUAGUAGUAGUAGUAGUAGUAGUAGUAGUAGUAGUAGUAGUAGUAGUAGUAGUAGUAGUAGUAGUAGUAGUAGUAGUAGUAGUAGCAGCAGCAGCAGCAGCAGCAGAACCAGCAGCAGCAGAACCAGCAGCAGCAGCAGCAGCAGCAGUAGCAGUAUCAGUAGCAGCAGCAGCAGCAGCAGCAGCAGUCGUAGUAGAAGUAGUAGUAGUAGUAGUAAAAGCAGUAGUAGUAGUAGUAGUAGUAGUAGUAGUAGUAGUAGUAGUAGUAGUAGUAGUAGUAGUAGUAGUAGUAGUAGUAGUAGUAGUAGUAGUAGUAGUAGUAGUAGUAGUAGUAGUAGUAGUAGUAAUAGCAGUAGCAGUAGUAGUAGUAGUAGUAGUAGUAGAAGUAGUAGUAGUAGUAGUAGUAGUAGUAAUAGUAGUAGUAGUAAUAGCGGCGGUCAGCCUUCCUUGUUGACUGACCAGUCAUCGGUGAAUAGUCAGUACCAGGUUUUUAAGAACCGUGGCUUACAUUUCAUUCACCUUAACGUCCGCAGCCUAAUCCCAAAGUUAGAUGAGGUGAGACUCCUUGCCAACCGUACACGUGCAGCUUGUGUAUGCCUUUCUGAAACAUGGCUAGAUGAUUGGGUGGAAGACACUGAGGUACAUAUUCCUAAAUAUGUCAUCCGGAGAAAGGACAGAAAUCGUCAAGGCGGCGGGGUGUGUAUCUACGAGGGGUCUGUACCUGAUGACCUCAAGUAUGCCAGGGUUAUUCCCCUUUAUAAGAAAAGUGACAAGACUGAUGUUGGGAACUACAGGCCUGUUUCAGCUUUAAGUAUUGUUUCAAAGAUAUUUGAAAGGGUCAUAUAUGAUCAGGUAGAAGGUUAUUUAAAUGAUAAACAACUUCUCUACAGCUACCAAUCCGGUUUUAGGCGUGGCUUCUCCACAGACACAUGUCUUACCCAUUUAUCUGAUUAUAUUCUUUUUAAGAUGGAUGAAGGUAAAAUGGUUGGAAUGGUUCUACUUGACCUUCAGAAGGCCUUCGAUACGGUCAAUCAUGGUAUUUUACUGAUGAAACUUGAGGCUAUAGGUCUCCAUGCUGACGCUGUUAUAUGGUUUCAAUCCUAUCUCUCAGAUCGCCAUCAGAUUGUCGACGUAUCUGGCACAUUGUCCUCCGAGGCCACUGUCACAUGUGGUGUCCCUCAGGGUUCCAUCCUUGGCCCUCUUCUAUUUCUAAUUUAUGUUAAUGAUAUGGCCGCUGUGAUUAACAAUAAAAUAUUACUCUAUGCUGAUGAUACGGGCAUCUUAGUUGCUGGUAAAAGCAUAUCAGAAAUUCAAUCCAUUCUUUCAAGUGACCUGGAACUCAUUAGUGAGUGGCUAGUGGACAACAAACUGUCCCUACACCUUGGCAAGACAGAAUCAGUAUUGUUUGGUUCAAAGCCCAAACUUAAGUCUAAUCCCCAGCUUAAUGUGUCUUGUAAUGGGGUGCCAAUUACUCCAUCAAGUUUUGUCAAGGACCUUGGUGCUAAAAUAGAUCAGAGUCUGGCUGGUGAGUCCAUAGCCAAGUCAGUUAUUAGUAAGGCAAACUCCAGGUUGAAGUUCUUAUACAGAAAAAGUAAAUUCUAA